AUGAAGGGUAUCUUUGAGGAGGGAUACAUGGAUGAGAUCCCGAUGGCCGACGCGCCAGCUGGAGACAUUUUCAUGAACGUGUUGGAUAUGGUCAAGUGGGUUGACGUGAUCAUGAAGGAGGGAGAGCUUGAAGGCAAACGGGUCUUGAACAAGGAGAGCGUACAGGAAUCGCUCAAGUCUCACAAUUAUGCGCGUCUUCCCUAA